AUGAAAGACAGGUUAGAGCAACAAAGCAAGCAACAUCUCAAAGAAGUGACAGCCUUGCGUGUGAAACACCGCAGUGCGAUCCAGACUUUCAAGGGGACCUUAGAGGGGACAGCGCUGCGAGAGCGGAAAAUGCAAGGUGGCAGCACCGCGCCCACGCUCCGUAAGAUGUCAAGCAAGAUAGAGACAAUGCUUACAGAGUUGUUCGCUAAUUCGGAAGCCAGGAGACAGGCUCUGUAUGAGCAUUACCGGCGACAUCCUAGCGACUACCAGCUCAUCACUAAUGUAGCGGCGGCAAACCGGACAACCUUUGAGGCGCUCUGCCGCUUGCACCCAGAGUGGCUGCAGCCUCAUCAGCGCGCUGUCAUUGAGGCAAUCGAGGCGGCGUGGACAGUGAACCAGUGCCUCGCAAUGCAGAUCCACUGCAAGCUGGGUCACGGCGAGAAGUGGCAGAAUCUCAUUAAUCUCCUCUGCAAGACCUACAACUCCCUGGCAAAAGAGUGGCAACCGCGGGAGAUCCUGUACGAAGGCAGCAAGCUGUACUUGCCUUCGCUGAAGUCGAAGGGUCGGGUGAACGAGCACCGCGAAACCCUCCACGCCAUCAUUCCCCUCCUUCAAAACGAGGACGGUACCGCGUGCUGGACGGAACUCCCGCUCCUCAUCAACGAGACGAUCCUCCUUGACCGCGCGCGAGGAUACCUGCAGAGCCGGACGCUUCAGAAUCAGGACAAGGUGUGGCUGCAUUGGGGGGGCGACGCAGCGGGGUGGCUGAGGGGCCAGUCCCACAGCAUCUGGGGUUUCAAACUCCUGGGUAACCAGCGGGUAGUUUCACACUCUCCCAAGGACAUGCGGGUUGCUCUCACUUUUGAGGGCAAGGACAAGUACUCCACCUACAAGGAGUACCUGCAACCCUUUCUGCAACACAUGGAAGAUCUGGCUGAGGGGGGGGUGCUCGUUGAAAACACGCAGUACGAGGUGGAGCAGACAAUGGGGGCCGACUACGUGUUGAUGUGUGAGCUCCUGGGUCACUCUGGGGCGGGUGCUACAAACGGGUGCUGCCUAUGCGAGCAGCAUAAGGACCUCUACGGCAAGACGGUCCUAAACGACGACGGAAGGAGAGUCCCCGUGAAAGCGAAAGCCCGGACGACAGAAAGCAUGGCUGCAGCAGCGCACCGCCCCUGGACUACUGGCCCUGAUGUUCACUGCCCCCACUGCGACGAGCGGUUCCCUGACCAAGCCGCUGUGGACGCCUCAAAACCCCCCGAAACCAAAACUGAGAUCCGGAACUUCCAGCUCCGCCACGCUGGAAUGAGGUUUGGCACUCCGCCACUCUUCAAAUUCCCCAUUACAGCCUACGUCAUCUGCAUCCUUCACCUCCUGCUACGUCUGAUGGCCAUCACCUUUCUUCGAACGGUGGCAGUCAACAUCAACACAGUGGCUAAAGCUGAUGCAGUCAACGCCCUGAUCAAGGCUCUUCACCUGGGAUGCAAGAAGUUGGAGCCGCGAAAGAAGAGCGGCGACAAGAAGAAAGACACGCAGAACCUGAACUUUAUUGGAAGAGAGGCCCGCGUCCUUCUGCACCCAGACGUGUACAACACCUUCCUCAACAUUGUCAUCGACGACGACGAGAAGAGGGCAAACGCCAGGACGAUAUGGGACAACCUGGCGUGCUUUUACAACGAGCUUAUCAAGCCCCUCGACGAUCCAACUGACCAAGCUGAACGUCUGCGCAAGAGCGUUCUGGUGCAGGACAAGGCUGUGGCCUACGUGGACAGCUUCACCGCCCAGGUGGGGAUGGACAAAGCAACUCUCUACAUGCAUCAGGCCAUGGACCACAUACCUGAGAUGGUGCUCCGGUUCGAGGUGGACAUCUCGGACAUGUCACAGCAGUUUGUUGAAGCCAAGCUGAAGGAGGGAAAGACAGACAUGCAGCUGUUUAGCAACAAGCGGCUGGUGGACGAAACGCAGAAGAAGGGCCGGAACCAACAGGUGAUGGCAAAGGGACGAGAGAGAAUUGCUCUGAAGCAGUCCAUUGACUUUCCCCUGAGCCGGAACGAGAAGCGACAGCUGGGUGAUGGUAGUAAAGCGGCCGAGCAGACGGUUGAGAGGGCGCGGAGGCGGGGGCAGCUGGCCAGUCGGAGUCAGGCGCAGAUCGAGAAGAGGGUAGCAAAGUGCGCGCCCGACGUCAGUCGGGUGUACCUCGGUUACAAGAACAAGCUGGAGCAGCUCACCGGGUUGGAAGAAGGGGGGGAGUCGGACGAGGAGCUCCCGAACAACGUGGCGUCGCGGGCGAGCGCCUCCUUCAUCAGCAACGCGAACACGUCCGGAAACCAGGGCCCCGUUUCAGGGAUGCCGCGGGCGUCAGGGGUGGCAGAGAGCGAAGUGGGGCGCGGAGCAGGAGUUGAGCCGGAGCGAGGUGGUCUGGCAGCAGGACCAGCCCUUGCGCAGGCUGCAGGCAGGGGUGCAGGCAGGGGGGGGCGGGCAGGAGGGGGUGGGGCUAGAGGCAGGGGGCCAGGUGGGGCUGGGAGGGGCGCAGGCGCAAGAGGUCGAGGAAGAGGCCGGACGACCGGUGGCAGAGCCAUCCCUGCAUCAGCUAGACCAAAUUAG